UUCAGCCUGCUCUAGCCAAGGCCUCCCCCAUUUGCCUUCACACCUACCUGCAGAAGGCUGGCUGACUAAAGGUUCCUUUCUCCAGCUGCUCUGACCCCAUCAAUUGGACAACCCCAACAGGACCCCACAGGGCCUCUGAGAACAAAAUGAUGCCCCUAAGAAAUUCGGUCAGUGGCAUUUUCCCGGCUGAUUCCAAACAGGGCCCCAGCACCACACAGCCAGGCCAAAAGAUGGUCCUCAGGAGAGGGUCCCAGUUACAAAGUCCCAGCUGGCAAAGCUUCUUCAAGAGAGAGUCCAAAGCUCUUGGGGCUGUCCAGAUCAUGAUCGGCCUGUUCCACUUCGGACUGGGGGGGAUUCUGCUGCUGGUGCCCAUGGGCACAUACACCACCGUCUGUGUGGCAGUGUGGUACCCCUUCUGGGGAGGCAUUAUCUACAUCACCUCGGGAUCAUUCUUGGUGGCAGCAGAGAAAACUUCCAAAAGUUGCCUGGUCAACACGAGGCUUGGACUGAAUGCAAUAAGCCUGUUCUGUUCCAUCUCUGGAAUAGCUCUUUUAAUCUUGGACAUACUUAAUCUCACUGUUGCUAAUUUUCUAAAACUGCAAAGUCUGAAUCUUGGUCGAAUGGACAAACCACAUGUCAACGUAUACAGCUGUGAGCAAAAUGGCCCAUCCCAGCAAAGCACUGACAUGCAGCCGUACUGUCUCACUGUGAAGUCCCUCUUCUUGGGAAUUUUGGCCAUCAUGCUGAUUUUCACUUUUCUCCAGAACGUCCUGGUAGCGUGCAUUGUGGAGGAUGAAUGGAAAACUCUGUGCUCUGGUACCCAAACAACUGUGCUUCUCCUGUCUGCAGAAGAGAGGAAGGAGCAGGUCAUCCCACUAACUGUGGUGCCCUCCCAACCAAAGGAUGAGGAAGAAAUGGAAACUCUCCCUGCUCAAGAAGAUGAGAAAGACGCAAACUUCCCAGCUCCCCCUCAGGAAAGCUCACCCCCAGACGACGCCUCAGGCUCCCCCUGAGUGAUCUGUGGGGCUCUGCCUCUGUCCCGGUCAUCUUCUUCCACAUCUGUUCUGCUCCUUGCAUGCCUCCCUCCAGCUUUGGAGUGUGUAUAGAGGAACUCAAAUGCUUCUCCAUUUCCCUGUAGGUAGCAAAAUCUGCCUUUGUGCCCUUAAAGAAAGGCAACAGACAGAGAACAAGCUUUUUGAACAUUUAUCCCACUAAAGCUGAUUUUUGUUCAGGUCCAAGUUGGCCAAGACAGCUUCAGAAUUCCAUUUCAGCUCUGAGAUUCAGUGAUCCUAUGACUGCCUUCACCUGGGAUGGAGGUUCUUAUUUACAUCAAAAAGCUCAAUUUUCUCCUACUUCCCUAAUGGGAGGAGAAAAGGGCUGCUUGCCUCUGUCCUACUCCUCACAUUUCUCCCAUUCACUGCACAAGCAACUCGUCACGUCAAGGCUGCUUCCAAGAAAGAAUUGGAAGGAUUCUCCUGUUAUCAUUUUCUGUGAACUCUUGCUCUUGGCCGUAUUUCCUGGGGUCUUGCACAAUAUACUCUAAAUAGAUGAGACCUUAAUAUUAAAGAUCAUUGUUGUUGCUGUUCA